AUGGCGGAAUACGAUCUCACAACCAAGAUAGCACAUUUUCUCGACCGGCAUUUGGUUUUUCCACUUUUGGAAUUCCUUUCCGUGAAAGAGAUCUACAAUGAAAAGGAGCUUCUUCAAGGCAAGCUGGACCUCCUCAGCGACACCAACAUGGUGGAUUUCGCCAUGGAUGUCUACAAAAACCUUUAUCCCGACAAGGAGAUUCCACAUUCUUUGAGAGAGAAGAGAGGCACCGUGGUGGCACAGCUCAAGCAGCUCCAGUCGGAGACUGAGCCAAUCGUCAAAAUGUUUGAGGACCCUGAGACGACGAGGCAGAUGCAGUCCACCAGAGACGGAAGGAUGCUCUUCGAUUAUCUGUCAGAGAAACACAAUUUCCGCCAAGAGUACCUGGACACGCUGUACAGGUACGCCAAGUUCCAGUACGAGUGUGGAAACUACUCUGGUGCUGCUGAGUACCUCUACUUCUUUCGUGUCCUGGUUCCGUCAACAGACAGGAAUGCUUUGAGUUCCCUGUGGGGCAAACUGGCAUCUGAGAUCCUGAUGCAGAACUGGGAUGCUGCCAUGGAGGAUCUGACGCGACUGAGGGAGACCAUCGACAACAACUCUGUGAGCUCGCCUCUCCAGUCGCUGCAGCAGAGGACCUGGCUCAUCCACUGGUCCCUCUUUGUGUUCUUCAAUCACCCCAAAGGCCGAGACAACAUCAUCGAACUCUUCCUCUACCAGCCUCAGUACUUAAACGCUAUCCAGACUAUGUGCCCUCACAUCCUGCGCUAUCUCACCACCGCGGUCAUCACCAAUAAGGACGUUCGCAAGCGCCGACAAGUGCUUAAGGACUUGGUGAAGGUCAUUCAGCAGGAGUCGUACACAUACAAAGACCCCAUCACAGAGUUUGUGGAGUGUCUCUAUGUCAACUUCGACUUCGACAGCGCCCAGAAGAAGCUAAGGGAGUGCGAGUCGGUCCUUGUCAAUGACUUCUUCCUGGUGGCGUGCUUGGAGGACUUCAUUGAAAACGCUCGCCUCUUUAUCUUUGAGACCUUCUGCCGUAUCCAUCAAUGCAUCAGCAUCAACAUGCUGGCUGACAAGCUCAACAUGACACCCGAGGAGGCGGAGAGGUGGAUCGUGAACCUUAUCCGUAAUGCUCGGUUGGAUGCCAAGAUUGACUCCAAGCUGGGUCACGUGGUGAUGGGCAACAACGCUGUUUCGCCGUAUCAGCAAGUCAUCGAGAAGACAAAAAGCUUGUCCUUCCGCAGCCAAAUGCUGGCAAUGAAUAUUGAGAAGAAGGUGGCUCACAGCAACAGGAACGAGACACCAAACUGGGCCGCUCAAGAUGGAUUCUACUAG